AUGGGUAGUUACAGUGAUAACGAAGAUGAAUUUUUUGACGCCCGUGAGGUGUUUGCUUCAAUGUCUGACUCAGGCUGCGAUUGCUCCCCAGAAUACUGUUCUACCUUUGGAUUCGACUAUGAUUAUUGGGUUGGGAAUCUGGAAAAGGGAUAUCUAAUACACCAUAUAACAGGUUGUGAGCAUAUAACAGGUCUCAGAUCUCAGGCAGGUUCAAGUGGAUAUAACACCACCACUACCUUUUGGCAGAAAUUCUGUUGCCCUAAGUGUCAAGUGGAACUCCCUCCAACAUCUUUAGCCAAUCAGUGUGAUGAUGAAACAUGCGACUAUACAACAUGGAGUUUAAACUUGCGUGUUGUUGGUGAAUCUGAGAGAGGAACAGUAUGCCCAAAUUACCUUCGCUGUCAUGGUCGUCUUGUGAGACGGGUUGAUGCUAAGUUGAAGGCUACAGUUGAUAAAGAGGUUGGUAGGAUAAGAGGUUUGGUUGGAUUAGCUUUUUCCACAGCACAGAAGGUCUAUAUUUUGUUUCUUGAUUGGUUUGAUGCAACAACUUCUUUAGCUGGUUCAGUGGGACCCAAUGUGAAGAUGACAUGGAUUAAAUUCAAGAUGGAGAUGCUGAUGAAGAGGACUUUGGUGAUGAGGAUGAUGAAGAGAAAGAUCAUCAAGCAAUAG